AAAAAGUUACGUAUAACAGCGCUUGCGUACACCGCGAACUACCUAGAUAUAUACGGCCUGUUGCCGUUCGAACCGCCACAUUGCGUCCUCGAGCACGACCUUUCGUCUUUCUGGUACUAACCCGCGUGUCGGUAACCACACGACACCCCACGAGUCGUCGUAACAGAGCCUGGAACAGACUUGCGAGACCAAAAGUCCAAUCGUUCGGUGCACGUUCGGUCGGAAUCGAAAGUCGAUACGAAGAACCGUUUCGAUCGAGUUUGCGAGAGGAUCGAGAGGCAAGUUCCCCGCCAUCGAGGACCGAAGAAGACCGUCGCAGAGUCGAAAGGAACUCGAGAUACCGAAGACGCGUCCUUGGAUAGCUGGUCCCGGAUUCCGAGAGUCGAUCGAGCAAGGUCGCAGAGAUGGGGAACGGAGUGAUCCCGCUGGUGGUGGUGGCCAUGGUGCCCAUCAUCGCCGGUACCAUUGGUCAGCGUGCACUGAACAAGAGGAACGUACCGACGAACCUGGACUUUCCUGACUACGCGACCAAGUACGACGACUAUCCGGUGGUGGUGCCGAAGAGGGCGGCUCUUUUGCUCGACCAGCUGAUGGUCGCGCUGCAGAAUGUCGUCGACAAUCAAGGCAGAGGCGAACUUAGUGGCAGUAGAUCAUUUUCGAGAUCUUCGGGGCCUCAUCUACCGGCCAGCGACUCGCAGAUCGUCUCGUCGGCGGACGAGGAAACUGUGAAGAUGGACCUUCAGCGACGCGGACAAUCGAAAGGACGGAUUUACUGGCGCUGCUACUUUAACGCCGUGACGUGCUUCAAAAGAAAGUGAUAACGUGCUGGCGUCUAAUCAGCCUCACCGUCUUAAUAUCGCCUCGCCCCACCCCGCCAGUCGCAACGUGGUCGAAAUUCCUUGCGUGCUUUACCCGAUCAGAACACAAGAGAAAUAAAUCACGAAACAAAGACAAAACUUAGACCCUAAAUCCAACUUGAUGAUUCUGCCUUUCCUCACGGGUCGGGAUCACCGCUUGUCCUACUUAUUCUAACCUCUUUUAACACUACU